UGGUGGAAGCCGUUGGAUCGACGCACUCAGCCAACACCCACUACAUGGGAAGGUCGAAGUUCCAUACCGCCGUUACCAUCGCAACGAAGCAGUAACAACCACCAAGAUGGUCCUCACAGAUAACAACACCGCCAACAAUCUGGUGGAAAACUAUAGUGUUGUAAGCGAAAUUGCUCGCUCCGUAGCUGAGGCCAGGAAGAAGACUCUCGACCUAGACACCCCUUCCAUCUCCGUCACCCAUGGCAAACUUUCCAGCCUCACGCCCAAGGUGCGAAAGUUUGUAGAAGAAGGUGUUCGGCUGUGCUCGCCAAGCAAAGUUCACGUGUGCGAUGGAAGUGAACGUGAGCUGCGUGACCUGCUGAACGUGAUGCAGCAGGCAGGCAUGAUCGAGCCCCUGCCCAAGUACAGCAACUGCUGGCUGGCCCGCACUGACCCAGGGGACGUGGCCCGCGUGGAGAGCAGGACCUUCAUCGUGACGAAGGAACGUCGAGAGACCAUCCCCACGGCCAAGGAGGGCGUCAAGGGCCUCUUGGGCAACUGGAUGUCACCCGAGGAGCUGAAGAAGGCCGUCAAGGAGCGCUUCCCAGGAUGCAUGAAGGGAAGAACCAUGUAUGUGGUUCCCUUCUCCAUGGGUCCUGUGGGAUCCCCGCUCUCCAAGAUCGGCAUCCAGCUGACAGACUCCCCGUACGUGGUGGCUUCCAUGCGCACCAUGACCAGGAUGGGCAAGGCCGUGCUGGACGCGCUCGCCGAACAAGACUUCGUCAAGUGCCUCCACUCGGUGGGAUGCCCACUUCCCCUCCAGAGGACCUUGGUCAACAACUGGCCGUGUGACCCCGAGAGGACCAUCGUGACGCACGUGCCGGAAACCAGCGAGAUCAUCUCCUUCGGGUCGGGAUAUGGGGGCAACUCGCUCCUGGGAAAGAAGUGCUUCGCCCUUCGCAUCGGCUCCACCAUCGCCCGUCGCGAGGGCUGGCUGGCCGAGCACAUGCUCAUCCUGGGCAUCACGAACCCGCAGGGGGUCAAGAAAUACAUCGCGGCUGCCUUCCCCUCCGCCUGCGGCAAGACCAACCUGGCCAUGAUGACCCCGUCCCUUCCGGGCUACAAAGUGGAGUGCGUGGGCGACGACAUCGCCUGGAUGAAGUUCGACGAGGACGGCGUCUUGCGUGCCAUCAACCCCGAGAACGGCUUCUUCGGCGUGGCCCCCGGGACCUCCAUGCACACCAACCCUGUGGCCAUGCAGACCGUGCUGUCCAACACCAUCUUCACCAAUGUUGCCAAGACCAGUGAUGGAGGAGUGUUUUGGGAGGGACUGGAGAAGGAAACGGCGAACGAUGUCACCAUCACCUCGUGGCUUGGAGACACCAACUGGAGCAAAGAAUCGGGCAAACCAGCUGCUCAUCCCAACUCCCGCUUCUGCACACCAGCUGGCCAGUGCCCCAUCAUCGACCCAGCGUGGGAGGACCCCAAGGGCGUUCCCAUCUCGGCCAUUCUCUUCGGAGGAAGACGUCCCGAGGGAGUUCCCCUCAUCUACGAGGCCUUCAGCUGGAAACACGGCGUGCUGGUAGGAGGAGCCAUGAGAUCUGAGGCGACUGCCGCCGCCGAACACAAGGCAAAGGUGAUCAUGCACGACCCCUUCGCCAUGCGACCCUUCUUCGGCUACAACUUCGGCCACUACUUGCAGCACUGGCUCAGCAUGGAGACCCGCACUCACAAGGCCCUCCCCAAGAUCUUCCACGUCAACUGGUUCCGUAAGGACGAGAAGGGACGCUUCAUCUGGCCUGGUUUCGGCGAGAACGUUCGCGUCCUGGACUGGAUCCUUCGACGCGUCGACGGCGAGGAUGUGGCGGAGGAGAGCGCCGUCGGCCUCCUUCCCAAGCCUUCGUCCCUCAACAUGGCGGGCCUGGAGGACCAGAAUAUCGACAUGCACGAGCUUUUCAGGCUCCCGAAAGGAUUCUGGCAGCAGGAGACGCAAGCCAUCGCCAAGUACUUCGAAGAGCAAGUAGGAGACGACCUCCCCAAUGAAAUUCGAGAAGAACUCAAGAAGCUGGACAAACGUGUCGAAAAGAUGUAAGGUGCGAAUACAAAUCUCAUAAUUGUACCAAAACAAUGGCAAAACAAGGCACGAGGGGCCUUAUUUAGAUCAUCGUCUGUUUUAUUUUAUUCCAGUGUUGGAUAGUAUUAUUUAUUUUUUCUGCUGCAUCAUAUCAUAAAAUAUUGCAGGUUUUACUGCAUUACUAUGUAUCAAAAUAUACAAAAGUAAAGCUCAUCAUUUUGUA